GAUGAUGGUGAUGAUGAUGAUGAUGACCAUGAUGUUGGUGAUAAUCAUUAUGAUGAUGAUGAUGAUGAUGAGGUGUCCGCACAGGUGGCCAAACACGUUCAAGUGGUCAUACAGGUAUUUAUGCAGGUGUCCGCACAGCUGUCUGUACAGGUGGCCGAACAGAUACACGUGUUCGUAUGGAUGGCUGAACAGAUGUCUGUACAGGUGUCCGCACAGGUGGCCGAACACGUACAGGUUGUCAUACAGGUGGUUGAACAGGUGUGGGUACAGGUGUCCGUACAGGUGUCCGCACAGGUGGCCGAACAGGUACAGGUACAGGUGUUUGUACAGGUGUCCGAACAAGUACACGUGUUUGUACGGAUGGCUGAACAGAUGUCCGUACAGGUGGCCGAACAGGUACAGGUACAGGUGUUUGUACAGGUGUCUGAACAGAUGUCUGUACAGGUGGCUGAACAGGUACACAUGUUCGUACGGAUGGCCGAACAGAUGUCUUUACAGGUGGCUGUACAGGUACAGGUGUCCAUACAGGUGGCCGAACAGGUGUCUUUGCAGGUGACCGAACAGAUACAGGUGUCUGCACAGGUGGCCGAACAGGUACAAGUGUCCAUACAGGUGUCUGUACAGGUUCAGGUGUCCAUACAGGUACAGGUGUCUAUACAGGUGUCUGUUCAGGUGGCUGAACAGGUACAGGUGUUCGUACAGGUGUCCAUACAGGUACAAGUGUCCAUACAGGUGUCCAUACAGGUACAGGUGUCCAUACAGGUGUCUGUUCAGGCGGCCAAACAGGUACAGGUGUUCGUACAGGUGUCCGUACAGGUGUCUGUGCAGGUGGCCGAACAGAUACAGGUGUCUGCACAGGUGGCCGAACAGGUACAAGUGUCCAUACAGGUGUCCGUACAGGUACAGGUGUCUAUACAGUGUCCGUACAGGUACAGGUGUCCAUACAGGUGUCUGUACAGGUGUCUGUUCAGGUGGCAGAACAGGUACAGGUGUUAGCACAGGUGUCCGUACAGGUGGCCGUACAGGUUGCCGUACAUGUACAGGUGUCCAUACAGGUGACCGAACAGGUACAGGCAUCUGGUUGUACAGGUGGUCAUCAGGUGCCUGUACAGGUGGUCGUACAGGUGGUCGUCAGGUGGCUGUACAAGUCCGCACAGGUGGUUGUCAGAUGGCCAUACAGGUGGUUGCAGGUGGCCGUACAGGUGAUCAUCAGGUGGCCGUACAGGUGGUCGUCAAGUGGCCGCACAGGUGGUCAUCAGGUGGCCAUACAGGUGGUUGUCAGGUGGUCGUUGUGUGGCCUUACAGGUGGUUGUCAGGUGGCUGUACAAGUCCGUACAGGUGGUUGUCAGGUGGCCAUACAGGUGGUCUUCAGGUGGCUGCACAAGUCCGUACAGGUGGUUGUCAGGUGGUCGUCAGGUGGUGGUCAGGUGUUCAUACAGGUGACCGAACAGGUACAGGCACCUGGUCGUACAGGUGGUCGUCAGGUGGCCGUACAGGUGGUCAUCAGGUGGCUGUACAAGUCCGUACAGGUGGUUGUUAGAUGGCUAUACAGGUGGUUGCAGGUGGCCGUACAGGUGAUCAUCAGGUGGCUGUACAGGUGGUCGUCAAGUGGCCAUACAGGUGGUUGCAGGUGGCCGUACAGGUGAUCAUCAGGUGGCUGUACAGGUGGUCGUCAAGUGGCUGUACAGGUGGUCGUCAUGUGGCCAUACAGGUGGUCAUCAGGUGGUCGUCAUGUGGCCUUACAGAUGGUUGUCAGGUGGCCAUACAGGUGGUCUUCAAGUGGUUGUCAGGUGGCUGUACAAGUCCAUACAGGUGGUUGUCAGGUGGCUGUACAAGUCCGUACAGGUGGUUAUCAGAUGGUCGUCAGGUGGUCUUCAGGUGGUCGUCAGGUGGUCUUUUGGUGGCCGUACAGGUGGUCAUCAGGUGGUCUUCAGGUGGUCGUCAGGUGGUCGUCAGGUGGUCUUCAGGUGGCCGUACAGGUGGUCUUUAGGUGGUCGUCAGGUGGCCAUACAGGUGGUCGUCAGGUGGUCUUCAGGUGGUCGUCAGGUGGUCGUAAGGUGGCCGUACAGGUGGUCGUCAGGUGGCCGUACAGGUGGCCAUACAGGUGGUCAUCAGGUGGUCUUCAAGUGGUUGUCAGGUGGUCAUCAGGUGGCCGAACAGGUGAUUGUCAGGUGGCCAUACAGGUGGUCAUCACGUGGUCUUCAAGUGGUUGUCAGGUGGUCAUCAGGUGGCCGUACAGGUGUAGCAGAGCUUUUUUUUUCUUUGUGUUUUUACUGGUUAUUUUUGUACCUGACCGCUGUAAAAGAUUCAGAUGUUUUUUUAAAGUCUGACAGUCGUGUAGCAGAGCGCUGUAAAAAGAGAAAAAUAUUUAUAAACUGUUCUUGAUGUGAAAAAAAGACCAAAAUCUGUCGAUCAAAUGUUUUUAUAUUUACAAAAAAAGAAUCUCUGAUGCUCAUCUGUAUGGAAGAAAAACAGGAAGUGAUGUUUUUUAUAUUUUAAAGAAAAAAAAACUAUUUUAAAACAAAAAUAUUUUGGCACGUUGGUGGUGAUUGGAUGGUUUCAGCCAUCGUUCCAUAACACUGACUGGACUCUAAUUUAACUACAGUUUAACUCCAGUUAAACUCCAGUUGUUUGAUUUCUAAACAGAACAGAAACAGCCAGUGAGGGACAGGAUUGGUUUUCAAUCCAACUUUAGAUAAUCAGCUCACUGAUCAAUAAUCAGCUGUGUGAUCAAUAAUCAGCUGUGUGAUCCAUUACCUGCCUUAAUGUGUGAGGGUCACCUGGAGGUAGAGUGUUUUGGGCACGGUGGCUGACAGGUGUCUGCAGACAGAGAUGAUGUGAUGAAUGCACUGAAUUGAUUAUCGAUGGAUGAUGAGCUGAUUGAUUAGCAUGAUGUCAGAGCAUUCUGGGACGUGUUGGUGAAUCCUGUGUUUGUGAAUCAGCUCAAAGCCAAGGCGAGAUUAAAUGUUUUAAUAUGAA